AUGUCUACAAACAUGAGUAUCUCAACACAAGCAGCGACGUGCACAACUACUGAUGAGAACAUCAGCGCCUCAACGACACGCCUAAAUCAAGAUAAGAACUUGGCGGAGAAAUUACCGUACUGGCUCGUCAAUGUGCCCCCAUCACAGUGGCCGGCGGAAUGUCCUCCGUUCCUGCGCGACUUACCGGCCAAGUCUAUUUCAAUUCUGUCGACUCCAGAUGCGGAGUACAAGAAACAGGAUUGGGAGACGGUAAAGGAGAUUGUUAGAAGUAACCGGAUAGAUCUGUUCCAGCGUGUUCCGAGCGAACUGAGAAGAUAUCUGGCAUUUAAAGCGCAUAUUAUAGCCAACUAUGGAUCGAUCAUGCGUUUCAUGGCCAAGGAAAGGCUCCACUGGGGGGAUGGAGACGCGGAGGAUCUGAGGCCCAAGGGACGGCCGUUCGAGUUCGAUGAGGAUAUUCGGAUUUUGUACAAUGACUGGCCGUAUGGGGUCGAGGAGGGCAUUGUGCAUCUUGUCGUGUGGACAAAGUUCGAGCUGGAAGAUGAUCCUGCGACGGAUGAUUUGACGCCUCAAGCGAGGAAGGAGAUUGAUGAUUAUGUGACCAGGACGUUUCGGUCGCGGAUGCCGGCGGAACAGGUCAUCUGGUUCAAGAACUGGAAGUCGCUAAAGUCGGUCCACGCAGUUGAACACUUUCAUGUCAUGCUCUAUCAGCCGGACAUGGAAUUCGUAAAGGAGGUUACUCAGGGGGAUGUGCCAAUGACGGCAAGGUUCUAA